AUGCGUUGCGGCACGGGUGGAAAUUCUGCACUCCAUUCCUUUUUUUUUUUUUUCUUGUUGUUUUCUGAUGCAUCUUGUCUUCUCGGAUUUGACAUGAAAGAUGGCUGCCACGAAAUGAAGUGGCUACUACGGCUCAUGACUGGACGCGGAAAGCGGCGGACUCCCAUUCCGCCAAAGCCGUACGUCGACACUGCGUCGGCGAUGCGGCACAUGACGGAUCCUCGGCUGUACGAUCCUGACGAUUUGAAGCACAUCGACCCCGAGAAGCCGCACUGGCAGGACCCGCGCUUUGAAUCCCGCGAAAAUCUCCCGUUUUUUGAUUUUUGGGGGUACAACAGGGACUGGAGCUGGACGUUUUUUCGGAUUUCUACUCUUAUCUUCGUUCUUGCUCUUUACUGGGAGAUGCGCUCAUUAAUGUACAUGCAGAAGGACCCACCACGGAUUACAGGCAGCACCACAAUUUCACCAGUUCCGGACUAUGCGAGGGAUGACAAUGCAACCGAAAAAGAGUUGCGUGCUGCGGGCUUUGCAUACAUUGGCGUAAAGAAGUUGGACCACCUCGGUCUGUCGAGCAACGGGGAUAGCGUGGCGGGGCAGAAAAAGGAGGAUGCCUAA